GGGGUCGGACAAACUACGCCACAGCACCCCGCAAAGGAGGAGUAACACACCGGAACAGCGGGAUUUCACGGGCAGGAGAAGAUGUUAUUCAGGUUAGGGGUCAUUCUGACUCCAGACUCACAGGACGUGGAGGUGUUUGCGGUGGGUUCGCGCGCAGAAAUGGGCCAAUGGGACACGGGCAGAGCGGUAGAGAUGAAAGCGUCCCGGAAGGUGGUGUCUCUGCACGAGCCGUGUCUGUGGACCGCAGAGGUUCGCCUGUCCGAACCCUGGCUGGACCCGCUCUGGUUCAAAUUUGUCAAACGAGUCAAUGGUUCUUACAUUUUUGAAGGCAAUGGUCCGAGUCAUGACAGAUGCUGUACUUAUGAUGAGAGGAACAUGGUGGAUGGAGUAUACUGCCACCCCAUCGGUCACUGGAUAGAGGAGACAGGGCACACAGAUGAGAUGAAGCACACCACUAACUUUUAUUUCAGCGUGGCGGGACAAAAGGCCAUGCAUUUCUCCAGAAUACUGCCUCGGGUCUGGCUGGGGAGUUGCCCUCGACAAGUGGAACAUGUGACCAUUAAGAUGAAGCAUGAGCUGGGCAUCACUGCGGUGAUGAACUUCCAGACAGAGAGCGAUGUGGUGAAUAACUCAUAUGAGUGCAGGAGUCACCCUGAUGUGCCCAUGAGCCCCGGAAUUAUGACUCAGCUGUACAAAGACACUGGGCUGGCCUAUGUGUGGAUCCCCACUCCGGACAUGAGCACUGAGGGUCGUGUGCAGAUGCUUCCCCAGGCAGUAUUCCUGCUCCACGGCCUCCUGGAAAACGGGCACACAGUGUAUGUUCACUGUAACGCUGGAGUGGGCCGCUCCACAGCAGCAAUCUGUGGGUUCCUUAUGUAUGUGCUGGGCUGGAGCCUACGCAAAGUACAGUACUACGUGACAGCCAAAAGGGCUGCAGUCUACAUCGAUGAAGAGGCUUUGGUACAAGCUCAGUCGGACUUUGUUCACAAGUUUGGACAGUUAAGGUCUUCAAUGUCUUAUUCUGAGACAUGAGAUUUUAGACAACUUUACAUUUUUAUUACAGUUAUGAGUAAUGCACAUUUUUGACCUUUCUGAGAUCACCUUGAGAGGUCAUCUGCCUUCUUGUGUGCAUUAUUAGCCUAUUAAAUGAAUGGACCAGAUGCCCUCCUUUAAUUCUCUGAACUUAUCCAUAUUUGGAGUGACAAAAAGAUUACAGUGACUUGUGAGUUUAUGUUUGAAAUUAUAAUAAUAACGCAUUACAACUGCGUGCUUUAUUCAUUCACUCUGUAUACUGUGGUAAAUUACUACUGUUGCCACAGCUGCUCUGGGGCAGACUGACAAGGCUGACAAUCUGUGCCACUGUUUAGUGUCUUCCUUAUCUGCAAAACAAAACCACUUAGUUGCAUCUCGUACUAUUUCACUAGUCACAUACCCAAAAUACCCUAAUGGUGCUAUUGUCGAUGUAGGAUAACUGACUUGUAACUAAAUAUACUUCUUAUUAACAGUCUCGUUGCACUACUUAUACCUUCUGGGAACUACAAAAAUACAAUUCUCUUUUAUAGUCAUCACUGGAUAGGAUUGACAUUUAAAGAAACUACCUUUCAGUCUGUAGGAAAGAAAAACAUUGUGAACUCAGACUACCAAAUCACAAAGAACAAAUGAACCAAGAACAAUGGGGCCUUACAGGGCGACAUCUCUCCACUUGAAGGUGAGACGGAAUAAGGUCACAGUGAAAAUAUACUUGUUGUGUUGAUCCCGCCUCCCUCAGACAUAGUGAAAUAUGAUUCUCCUCUGCAUCCCAGUACGUCUUGCCUUUGCUUCCUGUCAGAGGUUAUUCAGCCCCAGACAAUCACGACCGCCGCCCCUCCUGCUCCAUAGCUUUUCAUCUUUAUUUAUUUAUGUGACAGAUGCUAUUCCGACCCAUCUUCCCAAUAACACAACAGCUCGUCCCUGCAAGACAAUCUUAAUGCAUACAUAAUCAGGCAUUACUGGAAAAGUGUUUGUCAUUCAAACUUUACCCGACACCGCUAUUAAAGGGACCUACAGUUGUUUGUACCUGAUUUGGAAACAGAUCUGGAUUGAGAAAAUAACUUUAUAUUUAAAACAUGGUGCAAACUUCACCUCAUCAAUGGAGGUGACUUGUUGAAUCUGUCAAUCACAUGGUAAUCACUUCAUUUAGGCAAGGCAAGUUUAUUUUGUAUAGCACAAUUCGUACAGAACAUAAUUCAAAGUGCUUUACAGAAUAGUUAAAAUAACAAUACAAACAAAAUCAAAAUACAAAUACAAAUCAAAACAUAAAUAGUCAUUAUAUAAAUUAACAUUACAAUAGAAGAGUUCAGAAUAAAAAAACUUUCAUUCAUAUGCACAGCACAGAACAGUUUUGAGCCUGGAUUUAAACAUUGUCAAAGUAGAGGCCUGUCUCACAUCUUCAAGAAGACUGUCCCAGGAUUUAGCAGCAUAAAAGUGAAACACUGAUUCCCCAUGUUUAGUCCUGACUCUGGGCAUCAGCGGGAGGCCAAUCCCUGAAGUCCUCAGAGUGUGAGAUGGUUCAUAUGGCACUAACAUGUCAGAGAUGUACUUUGGUGCUAGGCCAUGGAGAGACUUUUUCACAAACAGAGCUGCUUUAAAGUCUAUUCUCUGAGCCACAGGAGCCAGUCCAGAGACCUGAGCACAGGGCACAUGUGCUCGUACUUCCUGGUUCUAGUGAUUAUUUGUUUAUUUCAUGAAUUACUUUAUCUGGGUCAAUAUUAUGCAAUGUGUCCCUUUGCGAGUUAUAGUUCUAUUGAGAAGAAAAUUGGUCUCUUGAGAAAAUGAAGCAUGUGCAAUAGUGGCAAAGACGUUGGCAUAGUCACAGCUAACAUCUUUGCCACUAUUUCCACUAUUGAUUUACUUCGUUUUUAUGUGGAAAUCCACCGUAGUAAAUAUAGCAAGACAAUUCCAGAGUGAUGAAAAUUGUCCCAGAUUUCUUGGAAAUAUAUUCCUGAAAAUGACAGUUCUCUCAGUUUUAAUUGAUUUGAUAAGAUUUUAAGGUUGCCAAGACACUAGACUGACUUGAAAGUGUGCAGUUCAUUCAAGGUUGAAGUAUUAUGGAAAAAACACUUCCUUGCUAGAAUACAAUACAGUAUUGUAAUGUAUGUAACUUUUCUAUGUGAUAUCUGAUUUCCCUUUUAGGCUGUAAACAGUUACAACAUACAGUGACAUUU